AUGCAAGGUCGGCUGAAGUUCGGGACACAGAGAGCUAAUGGCACCCCGGCUCUGAAGUCACGUUCGGGCUGCCUCGCAUCACCAGCAGCUGUGGCUGAAAGCUCUAGAAGCAUCCAGUGCGCUCCUAGUGCGUCAGAGCUGCCAUUCUCCAUAGCCAGAUACGUAACAAGUUACGGACAUUACCAUUCUUUUACCAAGACCGUUUUACCUUGGAUAAAGAGCCUUACUUCACAAAAGGACAUGCAUCCAGCAACUGCCAAGUGGUACGACAGGAGGGACUCGGUUAUUAUAGAGUUCUGUGUCGCAGACAGCAAAGAUGUUAAAGUGACUUUUGACAAGAAAAAGUUCGGUUUCAGCUGUCUUAGUGGAACCGACAAUGUCAAACAUGAGAAUGAAGUAGAACUUUUCGAAGACAUCAACGAGAAUGAAUCCAAACACAAACGCACAGAUCGCUCAGUGUUGUGCUAUCUACAAAAGGCACAUCCGGGGAAGGCGUGGCCAAGGCUAACGAAAGACAAGGCUAAGCUAAGUUGGCUGAGUGUCGACUUCAACAACUGGAAAGACUGGGAAGAUGACUCCGACGAGGAGAUGGGCAACUUCGAUCAAUUUUCAGACAUGAUGAACAACAUGGGGGGUGAGGAUGACCUCCCUGAUCUAGAUGGUGCAGAUGACGAUGAAUCUGCAGAUAGUGAUGAUGAGAAAAUGCCAGAUUUGGAGUAGUAGAAGACUGUUAGAUUGUGGAAAGAAAAUGGAAGAACAGAAGACAAGAGGAAUCUAAACAAAUGUGUAUCCCAAACCGAAGGCAGUGACAAACAACUGUACAUAUGAGUCAGUAGCCAUAUUUAAAUCCAUAGCCUCAGCUCCAAACUCUUUGACCAAUCAGUCCACUUACGGUUGAUUUGCAUGGUAAUGUACAGAGCAGCUAUCUCCACUUCCAUUUGCUGUACUGCACCUUUUUGGGUAUGUUGUUUUACUGUUAAAUAUUACAGCUAAGCACAACUUUAUGCGUUUAAGAGGAGGGGGCCGGAAAAAAGGCAUAGUUGUCCUCAAUUUAGCAAUAUAUGUUAAGAAAUUUACUAUUUGUUUUCAGUUCAAAUGUGGUUUAAAAGUGAUCAGGCCCAACCAUGUAAAACAUUGUGUAGUAAGUUAGUCGAAAAGAGUAGUUUGCGCCAUGAUUUAAGAAUUAGAUUAAUUUACUGAUUGGGUUCCUCUGAAGCCUUCCAUGUGCUGUGGUAUAGAUAAUCCAGGAAGCCAGUCUUUUGUAUGAGUAGCUUAACCUUGCAGCGUACCAGUUUUCCUUUACUCCUCGUCUAAUGUUUGCAAAAAUCGAAUUAAUCUGAAUUAAAUGCAAAAACAAAAGACAUCUUCCCAGUGAUCACCUACUGUACUUUUGAAUUCCACAUAUUUGAUAUGUUUACAGUUCUCUUUUCAUACUCACAUGACAUGCACACGUGUCACACCAGAAACAAGUUGAAGUGUUUUGCAGCUGAUAAGAGGCUCAAAAUGCUGAUGGGCCUCAGCAUCGUGUGGUUUGUUGCUAUCUUCCAGAUUCUGUUUGUUUUUCAUCCGUUUUCCCUCAUGGGUGAGGGAACGUUAGACCGAAACAGCGUGCGAUGACCAAAUCAAAUUUGCACUGUCAAUAAAAUGUAAGAAGAGACGAGUAAUGUUCAAUUACAGUGGAAAUUCUUUUUUUUUCAAUUUUUUUUAUUGUCUACAUCUUUCUAAUAAACUGUUUAAGAUUCAUUUAAA